AUGGCAUCUAUUCAGUGCUUGAAUCCUAAGGCUGAAUUAGCCCGGAAUGCAGCUGCUCUUGAACUUAAUAUAAGUGGUGCUCGUGGACUUCAGGAAGUGAUGCGGACAAAUCUGGGACCCAAAGGGACUCUAAAAAUGCUUGUUUCUGGUUCAGGAGACAUUAAGUUGACGAAGGAUGGCAACGUGCUUUUACAUGAAAUGCAAAUUCAACACCCUACUGCUGCUAUGAUUGCAAAAGCGUCAACAGCUCAAGACGAUGUUACUGGUGAUGGAACGACUUCUACGGUGCUUCUUAUAGGAGAGUUGCUGAAACAGGCAGAGCUUUAUAUCACCGAGGGUGUCCAUCCUCGCUUAAUUACGAAAGGUUUUGAAUACGCAAAUACAAAAACUCUUCAGUUUCUAGAGACUUUCAAGCAAACUCGUCCAAUCAAUCGUCAGCUGCUCAUUGAGGUUGCCAGGACAUCUUUGAGAACAAAGUUGCAUCAGAAAUUGGCUGACCAUAUCACAGAAUGCGUUGUUGACGCUGUUUUGGCCAUUAGGAAAGAUGACGAAUCGGCACCAGAUUUGCACAUGAUUGAGAUACAAGAAAUGCAUCACGAAACUGAUAUGGACACCACAUUAAUUCGUGGGUUAGUUCUUGAUCAUGGUGCGCGUCAUCCAGAUAUGCCGAAAAAUAUUAAAGAUGCUUACAUCCUUACGUGCAAUGUUUCGCUGGAGUACGAGAAAACAGAAGUAAAUGCGGGGCUUUUUUACAAGACUGCAGCUGAAAGGGAACGCCUUUUGGCUGCAGAAAGAGAAUUUAUCACGAAACGAGUGUACAAAAUAGUGGAGCUUAAAAAAUUGGUUUGUGAUGAUGCAGAAAAAAAGGAUGGCAAAAAACGAGGUUUCGUUGUUAUUAACCAAAAAGGGAUCGACCCUCCUUCUUUGGAUAUUCUGGCACAACAUGGUAUCAUGGCGCUCCGAAGGGCAAAGAGAAGAAAUAUGGAGCGUUUGCAGUUAGCUGUGGGUGGUGAGGCUGUAAAUUCAGUGGAUGACCUUACACCAAAAGUUCUUGGCUUUGCAGGCUCUGUAUACGAACAUGUUUUGGGAGAAGAUAAAUACACGUUUAUUGAAGAGUGCAAGGAUCCAAAAUCAGUUACACUGCUAAUGAAAGGUCCAAACAAGCAUACGAUUGUACAAAUUAAAGAUGCUCUCCAUGAUGGGUUACGUGCUGUUUUCAAUACUCUCAGUGACAAGGCUGUGGUACCAGGUGCAGGGGCAUUUGAAAUUGCAGCACAUUGCAUGCUGAAGAAAGAAAUUGAUUGCGUCAAAGGGAGAGGUAAAUUAGGUGUGCAGGCCUAUGCUGACGCACUUCUAGUCAUUCCAAAAACUUUGGCUUUGAAUGCAGGCUUUGAUGCCCAAGACACUAUUGUGAAACUUGUCCAGGAGUACCAAAGCAACGAAGGCAAGUUACCCGGUAUAUGGGAUAAUGUUAUUGUGAAGAAGAACAGCAUAUCUUCCUGUUAUGUCAUAGCUUCAAAUUUGCUGUUGGUAGAUGAAGUAAUGCGAGCUGGUAUGACCAAUUUGAAGGCUCCAGCGUGA